AUGGGGAUUGCAGUCUACAACAUCUCCGCCACCUCAGCCAGGGUAAGCUGGCCAUCAUCCCCCGGCUGCCUGGACACCUUCUACAGCGUCAUGUACGACCCCAACUGGAACAGCUUGCUCAUGGGCUACAAGCGCAAGAGUUUCAUGCAUGAGGAGCGCAUCCCCGUCAGUCAGACCAGCACACACCUGGCCAACCUCCUCCCCCAGACCGCCUACUUCUUGUGUGUGACGUGUCAGGCUGCCAAUCCGGUGCGGGACCAGUGCCAGGUGUUCAGCACUCUAAGUGAUAACAGCGAAGGUCGCGACGGAGGGGGCUGGGAGCUCGCCAUGAUUGUCUGGCUGACCUGCUGCAUCUUGCUCCUGGUCAUCGCCGGCAUCCUGUUGUGGGGAUGUCUUCACACCAUCUGCUCCCUCCCGAGCCCGGCUGCAGACGGCUGCCCAGUUGUGACCAACUCACACCUCCAAGACGUGUCUGGAUCUGGACGCCUCUACACUCCCCGGAGCAACGAGGACAGCACCAAACAUGCCACCAUCAUGAAACCCCCCCCCCUCUCACCGCAGACCACUGGCCACAUAAUUACCCAAGACCAUGAGCUGAGGACGCUCGCUAAGCUGUCUGGCAGCAAGCCUGCAUGA